AUGUCUUCCCACCGGCUCUCCAUGAACCCCAAGGACCAGAAGGAGACGGCGGACGUGCCCCCCUCCAUCUCCGACCUCCACUGCUUCACCGAAACCAACGGUGUCAUCACAACCACCAUGUUCGACGUGCCGGGGUACCGCGUGGUGCGGGUGCUCGGCGCGGUGUACGGGCUGACGGUGCGGUCGCGUAACUGGGCGGCGGGGCUGACCAUGGUGCUCAAGAGCAUCGCGGGCGGCGAGCUGCGGUGGUUCACGGACAUGCUCUACAGCGCGCGCAACGACGCCAUCUCGCGGGUGGUGGCCGAGACGCAGGCGCGCGGGGGCAACGCCGUCAUCGCGCUGCGGUUCGAUGCUGGGGAGCUGGGCGGGUUCGCGCAGGUGUGCGCGUACGGGACGGCGGCCAUCGUCGAGAAGAUCGACGACACGGUCGAGACGCCGCCGCAGCUGGCUCCCAGGAGCGGUGGAGAGUGA